AUGAAGCUUGGCGUUCUGAGCCUUCUGUUUGCUUUUGCUGUAGCCACUGUCACAGUAGGCCUUGCUUCAAAUGUAAGAGAUGCUGAAGCGACUGUUACUACGUUCCCAGAGUGUGCGCAACCAUGUCUUAUCUCGGCGUUGAAUGCAGACUGCCAGUCGCAGGAUGUAAAGACUUGUAUUUGUAACAUUAGCGACUUUCAAACAAAUUGGAGACUUUGUCUCAGGACGCAAUGUCGUAAACCUGCAAUUUUCGCUUCACUACGCCAAGUAGAUGUAAUGUGUCAACGUCCGCGGCGGGACCGCAGAAACGACGCAUGGCCUUACAUCUCCAUCCAUAUUCUCUGUACUUUAUGUGUUGUUAUUCGGAUUUACACGAAGGCCUUCAUUAUAAAGAAGUUUUCGCCUGAAGAUUGGUUGUCUCUAGCUUCCUUUGUUAUUUACAUUGUCUAUUUUGGCAUUGGACACCAUGCCCUAAUGUCAGCCUUCGGUCAAGAUAUCUGGUGGGUAGAGGCUGAAGAACUAUCCCACGCACUCAAGCUAUUCUGGGUCGAUUGCCCUAUUUACAGCCUCCUCCUCGGAAUGACCAAAAUCACAAUAAUUCUGUUCUACAUCCGCCUCUGCCACGUGUACACUCGAUUUUGUCAGAUUUGCUGGCUUUGCAUUCUUCUCAUUUCUUUAUAUACCAUCAUCCUCAUGUGUUUGAAUAUCUUCCAGUGCACACCGAUACGCUGGAACUGGGAUCGCUUUGGAGGAGAAGAUGUGGACUUUUGGUGCAUGGACUUGAACAAGCUGACAUGGUCGAACAACAUUACAAAUAUCAUUUUUGACAUUGUGGUCCUGGUGCUGCCGAUACCACUUGUUUGGAGGACUAGAUCGACAUUACGCCGAAAAAUCGCCAUCGUCUUCAUGUUCAGUCUCGGAAUCGUCGUUUUAGUCGCCAGCUGCCUCAAAAUGCGCUACAACAUCAUUUACGGACAAUCCACCAACAUUACGUGGGACUAUAUGGACCUCAUGGUCUGGGCGGGCAUCGAAACGUCAGUCAGCAUCGCAGCACCGUGUUUACCGACCGUCCGACUUUUCCUACACAAAGUCUUCCCAAGAUCCUUCGGGCGCAUGUUUGCGUUUGCCUCACACGGCGAAAAGACGCUGGACGAGGAGAUCAAAGCAGAAGAGGAGGAAGUAGCGCAGUGGGCAGCGGAUAUCGAGAAGCCAGGUAACUCUGGUAUAGCUAUUGCGAGACCGCGUCGUGCGGCUGUGCAGAUGGGCCAAGGCUUCGAUCUUGCGAAUUGGGAUGAGCGGAGGAAGAGAAAGAAACCAAUGACGGAAGCAAGCCGGAUUCUUAGAAGUGUAGACGCGGACGAAGUACCGCUUUCACCAUAG